AUAUGGUGCAGGCCAGGCAGCAGGCUGUUAGCCAACCUGCCAGCUUAGUGGAGUCUGCCAAUAGCACAGUCAGUGUAGUCAGCUCAGCCAUACCCAUUGAGACUGUGUCUGUGCCUCGACCUAGGUUGGGCAAAACUAAACAUGGCGGUGUUCGCCUUAGCAAUCUUAUUAGGAUAAAGACCUCCUCCAUUCCUGCCAUUAUUGAAAGAGAUCGUGAUACCUCACAUCUCAAAAUAGGGUUACUUAAUGUUAGAUCCCUCACUUCAAAGGCAGUCAUAGUCAAUGAACUAAUCACUGAUCAUAAUCUUGAUGUGAUUGGCCUGACUGAAACAUGGCUUAAGCCUGAUGAAUUUACUGUGUUAAAUGAGGCCUCACCUCCUGGUUACACUAGUGACCAUAUCCCCCGUGCAUCCCGCAAAGGCGGAGGUGUUGCUAACAUCUACAAUAGCAAAUUUCAAUUUACAAAAAAAAAAAUGGCGUUUUCGUCUUUUGAGCUUCUAGUCAUGAAAUCUAUGCAGCCUACUCAAUCACUUUUUAUAGCUACUGUUUACAGGCCUCCUGGGCCAUAUACAGCGUUCCUCUCUGAGUUUCCUGAAUUCCUAUCAGACCUUGUAGUCAUAGCAGAUCAUAUUCUAAUUUUUGGUGAUUUUAAUAUUCACAUGGAGAAGUCCACAGACCCACUCCAAAAGUCUUUCGGAGCCAUCAUCGACUCAGUGGGUUUUGUCCAACAUGUCUCUGGACCUACUCACUGCCACAGUCAUACUCUGGACCUAGUUUUGUCCCAUGGAAUAAAUGUUGUAGAUCUUAAUGUUUUUCCACAUAAUCCUGGACUAUCGGACCACCAUUUUAUUACGUUUGCAAUCGCAACAAAUAAUCUGCUCAGACCCCAACCAAGGAGCAUCAAAAGUCGUGCUAUAAAUUCUCAGACAACACAAAAAUUCCUUGAUGCCCUUCCAGACUCCUUCUGCCUACCCAAGGACGUCAGAGGACAAAAAUCAGUUAACCACUUAACUGAGGAACUCAAUUUAACCUUGCGCAAUACCCUAGAUGCAGUUGCACCCCUAAAAACGAAAAACAUUUGUCAUAAGAAACUAGCUCCCUGGUAUACAGAAAAUACCCGAGCUUUGAAGCAAGCUUCCAGGAAAUUGGAACGGAAAUGGCGCCACACAAAACUGGAAGUCUUCCGACUAGCUUGGAAAGACAGUACCGUGCAGUACCGAAGAGCCCUCACUGCUGCUCGAUCAUCCUACUUUUCCAACUUAAUCGAGGAAAAUAAGAACAAUCCAAAAUUUCUUUUUGAUACUGUUGCAAAGCUAACUAAAAAGCAGCAUUCCACCAGGAGAGGAUGGCUUUCACUUCAGCAGUAA